UGACGGUAUCUGAUGACAGUAUCUGAUGACGGUAUCUGUGGCUUGUGCACGCACUUGCGGCCUUCGUUUGUUCGAUUACGUAGGUGAACUGUUUGCAACUGUUUGCUUAUGGCGCGCCCUUGCAGUCUCACGAGCGUCGUUUCCGAGUUUUCGGCAUCCGUUGCAUUGCUUACUUGUAUCUCUCCUUCCUCGCUUGCUCCUUAGCCUAGGCAUUGGAGGGGGGACUCUUGUCUCAGUGGGACUAUCUUCCCUAGUGAUCCGUCAGUAUCCACGAUGCUGAGUGCAUCGCAAGCAAUAGCUCCAGCGAUAGAAAACACGCCGGGGGGAAAGGGGGCGGCCCGGCCGUGUGUCCAUUGCCCAAGGUUCUGAGCUAAGUUUCAGCAGGUCGAUACGUCAAAGUCCAAGUCCACAAGGGCCCUGUACACUUACCGCAGCAUUCUUGCGCUCCAGUCCUAGGUCGGGUAAUCAGACAGGCUGUCGUGUCAGCGACCUGUAUACAAUGGGACGAAGUGGAAAACGAGCCUACUCGUAAGGCGCCCUGGUGUUAGACUUUGGAUACUCCAGAUUGGUUCGGGGCUUCUCGCUUCCUCCUUCACUGACUGGUGUCUUGUGGAUCGAACCCCGAAGCAGAAGGAAUUCUAGACCCGUGUGAUCGCAUGAUCCAACCAUAGGGAAGGUCCGGAAGCCCCAGCAUUCCAAUCGUACAGACUUUUGACAUUCCCUAACCACAUUGCAGAUCUUUGCACUUGCUAAUGCCUCUCGCAGCUUUAAAAGUCAAUGUAAUUGUACUAGUGCAUCAUCCUGCCCUUUACUUACUUGUGUUCGACCCUGCAGUAGAGAAUGAGACAAGAAAGUUAGGUAGCGGUAACCUGCUCAGCGUCAGCCGGGUUCUACUAGCGCGCUUGACGAGGAGCAGCAGCGUACCUGUACAUCGGUAGAUGCAUAUUAGGUCAUUUGUUUAGGUACUUAGUAAGGUUGCAUAAUCCAUCUCACAUAGAAUCCGAGCCAUCCCAUGGCGUAUGAUUGGCUCCUCACCCUGGGUUACGCCUGGAGCCACCACCCGCUCUGAGAACCUUGAGAACUCUUCACAGCCUCUUCAUAACUGCACUGUAUUCUUCUGCCUGCUCCCUCCCCAACGUCUUCUUUCCACUUCCCAUCAGCCACCAAUCAACUUAAACUCGGCUCAAAUCAUUCCACCUUUGGCCAAAAAUGGCUGCCGCAAAGGAUCUCGACAAUCUUGCUGCUCUGGUGCUCGAUAACCUUCGAGACCAGCAUGACUGGUCAGAAGUUGAACUUCGCGAUGAUGGCAAAAGCCGACCACGGCCCAUCAUCUCUGGCCUACCACCAUCACGCCUAUACAUGCAUCCGGACGAGCAGAUCGAGGCUCUGGGAAUCGAGCAGGCUACUGGGAAGCGCCCAAACCAGGCGCCCGAGUUUGAAUGGGUCCUGCCCGUCCACCUCAGCGAGCAAUGGACCUUGAGCUCUUUUGCCAACAUUUUCGACUCCAUCGACGCUCUGCCGCGGCCAAUUACUUUGGAACAAAGUCGAGACACACCCUCGAAGCGGGAUUGGCGCGGCACAGACCGCCAAAAAAGACUCCUGCUCGCCGUUGUCCAUGAUGACUCGACGGUUUCAUACUACCUCAUUCACGAUGGCAUUGUGAAGCCAAGACAGAAUUAGA